AUGGACGAGUCAUCAGAUAACGCCGACCACUCGGGAACUAGAGAACCCCCCAAAGCCGUUCGCAUCGCCAAAAGAACCCUGAGUUUCCUCUGGGCGAAUUGGUUGACCAUUGGUUUUGGCCUCGCUUGUCUCCUGGGAUAUUUCUUCCCCCAUGUUGCAGCUCGUGGCGGGACCAUAAGAUCAGAGUAUUCUAUCUUGUACGGGGGAAUUGGCUUGAUCUUCCUGAUCAACGGCAUGCAAUUGAGCCCCGAGAAGCUCAAGGAGCAUGUGGCGAACUGGCGAUUGCACAUCAUUGUGCAAG